CUCUUAUCUUUUUCUAACUAAAAAAGUUUUAGUGUGUGUGAGUCAGUGUUUGUUUGAGGAGUGUAUGUGUUAGUGUUUGAUCGGUGUCUGUGUGUGUUGUUAUAAUGGGGAAGAUUGAAUGGGCGAUGUGGGCUAAUGAACAGGCACUGGCUGCUGGUCUCAUUUAUCUGACUGGUGGUGUUGUUGGAGUUGCCGGUCAGUUCAGAGGAUGGCAGUAUGCAGCGUUCGGCAUUGCUGCAGGUGUGUUUGUGUGUUUGCUGGAAUAUCCCCGCAGUAAACGGAGUAAAGGCACGAGUGUCGAGAGGACUGGUCAGUACUGUUUCACAGUGUGUGUAAAGGCUUUUGGUCCUCUGACCAGUAACUAUUACAUCAGAGCGUUUCUGCACGCUGCGCUGUGUGUUCCCGGAGGUUUCAUGUUAGCCACAGUACUGGGAUGUGUUUGUCUGGGAAUUGCUAGUUUAAUUUACCUCUCGGCAGCUAUCCAUGGAGAGCAUUGGGAGCCCAUACUACACCAGAAAGAGCCACCAAAGCGCAUUGGGGAAAGCAUCAAAGAACCUCCACAGAACCCUCCACCCCGACCUCCUCCAGAACACCGCAGAAGAAAACCAGAUCACCUAGAAGCCGCUGCAUAUGACAAUCCAAUGACUGUGAGUGUCACUGAAUAAUGACUCCCUAUAAACUCAAAAGAGCUUCAGUUACAGCCUGUACAUAAAUCACUAUGACUAACUCUACUUUCUGAUUAUAUUUAUACUCUUAAAAUGCAUCCCAACAGAAAGAUGGGAAUUGGCAAAACAUACUUUUUUAUCAGCUGUAUUAGUUACUGUUAUAUGUUCAACUGUAAAGAUUUUUCAACACUUUCAUUUUAAUGUUAUGAUGAAAAUAUUAGCCCUUAUGUCCAACAUCUAAUUCAAGCAUUGUGUUGCCAUCUGUUUAUUUAAAAUAUAUCUGCAUACUUGUCAUGUAUACAAUUCAACUUUCUGUAAUAGAAAUCAUUUACCCACUAUUGUCCAAACGAACUGCUAUGAAACUUUUUUUUGUCAUGUUUCAUUUCCUCUUUUUAUGUGUUAUAGUGAUUUCAGUUACAAUUUCAAAAUGGAGAAAAACUUUCUUCCUACAAAGUCCAUAUUUAUAACCUCUGAACUGAUGAUCAUUGUAUGAUGGUAACAGUCAAAACUGUUGUGACACAGAUCUUCCUGUUUCAAUAAUCCAUUGUUACUUAACAAGGAACAAGGAAGUUGAUAUUAUACAAAGAAACAGGUUGAGUCAAUGUGUUCAUAGAAAAUAGGCUUUGUCUUCUAAAAGUUUUCUGAAUAUCUGAGCUUUACUUUUUCACUGACUGUGAUGAUGAUAUAUAUGUAUGUAUGUAUAUAUGUUAUAAAUCUCUAUUCUGAACAUCAAUAUAGUAUCAGUGCAUGAGGUUGAUGUUUUAAGCUCAACUGGUCAGUGAUAUUAAGAUGUCUGUAUUUCAUUAUUGAAUUGAAAGAAAUAAAUGUAUACUCAUCUACUGAAAA